UUAAGACUUAAAUUUGUGCGUAUAAUAAAUAGGACUAAUAAAUAAUUCUACAUCUUACACAUCAUUUGCGCUGGUGUGUUACCAUGGUAACGCGUAUAAACACCCAUGUUAAACACGUCGGUUAAAGGCCCGUGAAACCGAAAACUUCAGCUCCAAGUACUAAAAUAAAUCUUAUUUUCAUUUUUUUUACGGGUAAGAGCUGUUUUUGUUUGAUUUCCGUUUCAUGUUACUUGAUUUCUAGUUCUCUAACGUGUUGGUGUGAACGAAUUAAUCGAGGAAAUAAAUAAAAAAUGUCAGACUUUGAUGAAGACGAGGUACUUAAAGCGGACUCUGAGGAUGAGGAGCAGGAACGAGAGAAUGAUCACGAACAGACUGAGCCAUGUUCACUAACCCAGGACAUUAUAGCUAAAGGUUUAUCCUUACUGUGCCGCACAGGAAAUGGCCUAUCCCAUGCCUAUGUCAGACUUGACCUUAAAAACAAGGCUCUUUCAGAUUUGGCCUUGCUCAGCUCCUUCAUCCAUCUGCGUUAUUUAGACAUUUCCUCCAAUCGUUUGUCAGACCUCUCUCCAUUAACUGGCCUAACUCAUCUGCUAUGGGUUAAGGGAGAUUCUAAUCUGAUUGAAAAGUUUGAAGAGCACUGGUUGGAGCAGCUAACCUAUCUACAGUGGCUCAGCCUUGCAAGCAACCGCCUGUGUGAUGUGAAAGGCCUUGGAGCUCCAGCGUUGGAAAGCCUCAAUCUUACUAGUAAUGGCAUUCGGACAAUGCAAGGCUUGGAAUAUCAUAAACUGACCAAUCUGGUGACUCUUGAGCUUAGAGGAAAUUCUUUGGAAACUACAGAUGGCAUUUACCUUCCCAAUUUACGGCACUUAUACUUGGCUAAGAACAACAUCAAGCAGUUGGAGGGUCUGGAGAGGCUGGAGCAUCUUAACACUCUACACCUCAGAGAUAACCAACUAGAAUCACUCAAUGGAAUCAACGCCAGCAUGAAAAGUCUACAUUACCUUAAUAUCAGGGGUAACCUUAUAUCCUCUCAGAGUGCUUUGGAAACUCUAGUGAGUGUUGGGAAAUCCCUGAAGGUCCUUGUACUUCUUGACAACCCUUUAGCAAUGACUGAUGAUUAUAGGCUCUAUGUGAUCUCACAUCUCCCCCAGCUGGAGCGACUGGAUAAGGAUCCCAUUACUGCUGAUGAGAAUGAAUAUGAAUGAAUGAGUAUGAAGCCCAGGAGAAGCAGGAAUCUGAAGAUGCAGACAACUGAAUAUGCUGUAUGAAGCAAAGCCA